GGUCGUUGUGCCAUUUCUGCAGCUGCACAGCCAUUGGACUGGACCAUGUACAUGCGUACCGAGUUGGUGAAGAUUGCAUGCGCUUGCCUGCUGAUGCGGUGCACACGAAAUCUGCCACCUCGUCGGACUGUAAAAACGGUUACACAAUGCCGUCCAGAUGGAUGGAUAUCAUGCGAGGUUAUGCUCCAGCUCUAUGCCUUGUCAAACCAAUACUUUUCAGGUGGAUGACACGUGAGGCUUUACUCUAUUUCCCUACUCUUCCAGCCGUUGAAUCUCGGAUCAACGUGCUGACUUUCCCACCAACUUUAGCUACCACGUCAGAUCAGCCCUCCAGAUUUCUACAGCGACCUGGAUUGUGCAACACGCGCAGAGGGACAGCGCACACGAAUCAUUACAGCACCUCUUGAACAUCGCCAUCGGAUAUCAUGUCUAUACCACCAGGUACUGACCUUUGCUCCAUACCGGCCGGUCCGGUGCCGGACGGCAUGACGCCGAACUUCAUCGACCCGCCUGAUCUUUCGACCGCAACUCUAGUAGUGGGCGGUGUGCUAACAGCACUCUCUACGACUCUUGUGGUAGGAAGAUUAUGCAAUGCUUGGGGCCACAUGAAACUGGCCGACUAUCUGACAAUAUUCGGCUUCAUAUUGAGCACGAGCUAUACUGGCAUUGUGAUGGCCAUGCACAAAUAUAGUCGCCAUGCGUGGGACCUGCCUGCUUGCUGGUAUAUCUCAGAUUACAACUGGAAGCUACUCUUCUCACAGAAUCUGCUUUUGGGACUGACACAGUUCAUUACCAAAGCGGCCAUAUUCGUUUUAUACCUGCAGCUCUUUGCCACCGGCAAGAAAACGCGCUACGCCAUCACUGCGGGCAUCAUUUUCAUGGGAAUGCUCUACCUGCCUCACCCGAUUCUAGUCGCCGUGUAUAUGACGCCUCACUCUGAUGAAACCUGGGCAGACCUAGCCCUCGAUGGUAGGCCUCAAAAGAUCUCGCUAUACGCGCCAGUCCACGGUGUGGGAUCAAUUGUGCUGGAUACAUAUAUUUUUAUCAUACCUAUACUCGUUCUUCGCAAGCUCCACGUCGACAGAAAGAAGAAACUGCAGCUACUUGCCGUUUUCACGGUUGCCCUCUUUGGUAUUGUGUCUAGUGUAGCCUCUUGUGUGUGGAGAUUCAUCGUCCUAUUUGGUUCCUCGGGAGAUUUUACUUGGCAAGAGGGACAACUGUUCAUAUGGAUUAUGGUUGAACACAACGUGGCGCUCAUUGUCGGAAGCAUGCCUGGAUUUGCCGGUCUCAUCAAAUCGAAAUCCUCGACCUCCAGCCUCUAUCGCACCUUUCGCUCCAAGCUCCCGGGCGGCAGUAGCUACGGUAGCAAUGUCUCCAAACCCAGCCUGCCCGGGCAGUAUUCAGGCUCCCACGGGAAACAAGGCGACAAUCGCCGCGGUCGAGCUUACUACUAUGAGAUGGACGACUCGGUCCUCCAACCGGAGACCGAAGUCACUGCUGAAUAUGGAUAUAGCUCAGCUGGGGGACAUCUACCGGAAGACGAGCGGGGAAUUCUCAGGACUACAGACCUCGCUCAAUCGUACGAGGGGCGUAAGUCACAGGCUAAAUGAUUUUGGACACAUGUUACAUGGUAACAUGGAUGUUCAACUGCGUUAAUACGUAUAGAAUUUAAUAAAUUGUGUGUAAUGAUUCAAGGGUAAGUGUGAGGAAGCCGUCACUGAUUGGCAGCUGCUAGAAUGUUCAUUGAACUUCCAGUAUAUACACGUUCAAUGCAAUAAUUUGUGUAAUCGACGUUUGCUAGUCAUUCAUCACACGUUGAACAGCAUUGCAACUACAUACGGUACUUAGUGAAGAGAGGUAGCCCAUGCUUAUCGCUCAGGGAUACGUGGUGUAAUGUCUGGUCAGUGAUGCUUUGGUCAUCGGAACCGAGGGGUUGGAGAAGACGAAAAACAAAUUAAUUGCAUGGCGUUAUCCUUUCUGUGUGACGUGACACGACUUACGCGAUCCAGAACUUUGAAGACGAGCAUCGGUCAACGCA